UGUGUUUUCAGCUAUUGAUAUUAGCGAGACUAGUUAUAAUUUUAAAAUGUAUUCUUAAUUUGGAAAGGAAUAUUUUUUUUAUCUAAACUAAAGCCCAAUGCAUUCAACAUGCAUAUAAAGUUAGAAUUGGUGCCAUUUGGUGUGACCAAACAUGAAAUACUUGCAAAAUCAAGAAAGCUUUUCUUUCUCUACUUCUUCCAAAAACGGCCUUUUCUCCGAUGAUGAAGAUGGUGAAUCCGAUGGUCCGGGAGGUCGUAUUUCCGGCCAUCGCCAAAACGACUAUUUUGAAAUAUCUCUACCACCGCCACCACCAUCACCAUCCGCCACCAAAACCAAUCAUGGUGAUGCAAAAAAAGAGGAAUUUGAGUUUUGCUUCUCUUUUAAUUCUUCAUCAACCCUUGUCGACUUCCCAUCGAUCCCUAAUCCCGCCAACUCCAACCACCCAUUCCAUCACGACGAGCUGCCUAUGACCACCUCCACUUUUGCACCUUCUCAAUUGGUCAAUGUUGGUGAUAAAAAACAUAACCAUCGCUACAAAGUGAAUAAUUUAAUGAAUUACAAGCGUAUAUUUCAAAAGGCGAGUAGCCCACGGUGUCAUCAAGGCUUAGUCUCACCAUAUAUUUUUCCGCCUUCUCGGCUGCGAACGUUUGAUGAAACCCAACGAGGACUCAUAAACUAUCGGAAUUCACCAAGGUUGGGUGGCAUAAGGAAAUUCAUGGUCAAGCUAAGAUCCAUCAAAAGCAUGUUACGGUCGUCGUUAAAUGCUUCCCGGCGACUACAUCCGCCGGCAAAAGUCAAAGUCAACAAAAAGAUCCAGAAAACCUCUACUGAUCACAAGCAAAGAGACUGUAGUCAUAUGACCAACAAAAGUAUCGACAAUAACGACAUUGUCGAGAAAACUUUAAGUCAAUCGCAAAAUCAAGAAGAACAAAAAUCUUCAAAAGGAAUGAAUUUCUACGGUUUUAGUAAAAUGUUGGAUGUAAUUAUGAAGAAUCUUAGAAUGACUCGAAGAUCAAAACAGACAUACAGUAAAAGUUGCCCCGUCUCAAUUAAAUCCUCCCCGAUGCACGAUCCUAGUGGGAAUGCUCGUGAUGAAAGAAGGAAUUCGUUUUACUCAAGAGAUCAUUCCAUUCAAGCUGCGAUUGCACAUUGCAAGAAAUCGUUUGGAAAAUAAUAUUAGAGUUCAUAACUUUUUUGUGUGUAAUUUAUUUUGAUAAUGGUAGAAAUGUAGAAUCAAUAUAUAUGUAAUUGCAUUAGUUUUGUAUCAUGAAUCAUAUCGAUUUUUGAUUUAAAAAAAAAAAA